CAUUCCUGGAGAGUGCUUCUAUUUGACCAUGGCUGGGUGGAGCUGUCUUGUGACAGGUGCAGGAGGGUUUCUGGGUCAGAGGAUCAUUCGCUUGUUGGCAGAGGAAAAGGAGCUGCAGGAGAUCCGGGCACUGGACAAAGUCUUCAGACCAGAACAGCGGGAGGAAUUUUCUAAGCUCCAGAGCAAGACCAAUUUGAUGAUGGUGGAAGGAGACAUUCUGGAUGAGCAGUGCCUGAAGAGAGCUUGCCAGGGCAUCUCGGUUGUCAUUCACACUGCCUCUGUCAUUGACGUCAUGAAUGUCCUUCACCGAGAGACCAUCAUGAAUGUCAAUCUGAAGGGUACUCAGCUCCUGUUGGAAGCCUGUGCCCAGGCUAGCGUGCCGAUCUUCAUCUAUACCAGCACCAUUGAGGUGGCUGGCCCCAACUCCUAUAGGGAAAUCAUCCAGAAUGGCCACGAAGAAGAGCAUCACGAAUCAAGAUGGUCUGUUCCAUACCCCUACAGCAAAAAGCUUGCAGAGAAGGCGGUGCUAGCUGCUAAUGGGUGGGCCCUUAAAAAUGGUGGCACCUUGCACACCUGUGCCUUAAGGCCCAUGUAUAUAUAUGGGGAAGGAAGUGCAUUCCUUUAUGACUGUAUAUACAAGGCCCUGAGGAAUGAUGGGGUCCUGACACAUCAGAGCAAGUUCUCCAUCGCCAACCCUGUCUAUGUUGGCAAUGUGGCCUGGGCUCACAUUCUGGCCUUGAGGGCCCUAAGGGACCCCAAGAAAGCCCCAAGCGUCCAAGGACAGUUCUAUUACAUCUCUGAUGACACACCUCACCAAAGCUAUGAUGACUUCAACUACACUUUGAGCAAGGAAUGGGGCUUCUCCCUUGAUUCCAGAAUGAGCCUUCCCCUAUGUCUGAAGUACUGGCUUGCCUUCCUACUGGAAAUAGUGAGCUUUCUGCUCCGUCCAAUUUACAAAUAUCCACCCCCCUUCAACCGCCACACAGUGACAUUGUUAAAUAGUGUAUUUACCUUCUCCUAUAAGAAAGCUCAGCGGGAUCUGGGGUAUAAGCCGCUCUUCAGCUGGGAGGAAGCCAAGCAGAAAACCAUGGAGUGGAUUGGUUCCCUGGUGAAACAGCACAAAGAGACCCUAAAAACAAAGACUCACUGAUCUGGGGGUGACAAGUAGAUACAGAGGUUGUUGGGAGAUGUCUAUCGAGCUCUCUCCCUCUGGCUUCAUACAGGAAGAAACAAGGCCACAGGCCCAGGUCCUACUGUCUCCCUUUUACAAGAUGGCUGCCUUACUGUUUUCCUCCUACCACCGGAA